AAACCUUCUUACUGGAACUCAGCUAAACUCACAUCUCUGGUCAACAUGUCCUACAACUGCUGCUCUGGAAACUUCUCCCUCUCCUGUGGGGGCUACCUGGGCUCCUCAGGCUCCUCCUGUGGCUCUUCCUACCCCAGCAACCUGGUCUAUAGCACUGGUCUCUGCUCUCCCAGCACCUGCCAGCUGAGCUCCUCUCUCUACCAUGGCUGCCAGAAGUCCUGGUGUAAGCCCACCAGCUGUCAGGAGUCUUGUGUGGUGUCCAGUUACUGCCCAAGGACCUCUUGCUACCCUCCGAGGACCUCCACACUCUUCAGGCCCUGUCAGUCAACUUACAGUGUGUCUCUGGGCUCUGGGUCUCACAGAGGCUGCUCCCUGGGCUAUGGAUCCAGAAGCUGCUACUCACUGGGCUGUGGUUCCAGGGGCUUUGGACCCCUGGGUUAUAGAAUCCCUGAUUUCCCUACCUUGGGCUAUCGAUCCAGAUUCUGCCAUCCAACCUAUUUUGGUUUUUGGAAGCUCCAUCCAUUUUGCUACCAGCCAGUCUGUGGAUCUCGCUUUUACAGGUUAACUUGCUGA